UUCCCGUUAGACGCCGGUAGACAGGCGCUGUCGACCGGUCCUGGCCUCGCAACUUCCUCCUCCUGUCUACAGCCCCAUCCCAGUGUGGUCGACCCCACCUCCAACGCAGCCAGCGUUGGCGAUGAGCGGAGUUGUCUCACUGGUGCACUGUCACAGCACACCAAUGUAACUACGGUCUCCAGUCCGAAUUCCCCCGUUUCCAUUCACAAUACCGACAAAGGCAAUUUUGCCAUUUUCCUCCUUUUUGCUGCGUCCUUCAGCACUUACCUUCAAAUGAAUGGUGUUCUGGAUUUUACGGGUGAUCAGUCAAACUACCUGCAUACAACUGACUUACACAGUGGUUAA